AUGCCGAUUCGGAUCAUCGGCGAACCCCAUGUUGGGCCUCCGUCGCAGCAGAGCCUGCCACCGAGAUUCGCCGCCAGGCUCCGUCGGGCGAUGCGCAGGCUCGAGAGUUCGACGCAGAGGCCGGGAUCCGAAUCGGUCACGGCACCCGCAACCUGCAACGCCCACCGCGCCGUGACGGUGGUGUGCAUUUCCGACACGCACAACACCACCCCCUCGCCGCUCCCCCCAGGCGACAUCCUGCUGCAUGCCGGAGACCUGUCGCAGUACGGCACCUUCCCCGAGAUACAGGCGCAGCUGUCAUGGCUCGCCGCCCAGCCGCACCCUCACAAGGUGGUCGUCGCCGGCAACCACGAUCUGCUCCUCGAUCCCGUCUUCGCCGCCGCGCACCCGGACCGAGAGCUGGACCUUCGCCCGGGCCAGCGCAGGGACGAUCUGGUCUGGGGGGAUGUGCGAUAUCUCGAGCGCGAGUCGCUCGACCUGCCCAUCCAAGGCACGAACCGGACCGUCCGCCUGUUCGGCAGCCCGUGGACACCGCGGCACGGACAUUGGGCGUUUCAGUACGGCAAAGAUUCGACGACGCACCCGCUGGGGACGGCACCGUCCGAGACGGACGUCAUCCUGACGCACGGCCCGCCCAAAGGGUACCUUGAUGCUGCCGGUGGCGGUUGCGAGAUGCUCCUCGCCGACGUCUGGAGGAUCCGACCCAAGCUCCUGGUCUGCGGUCACAUUCACUCGGGCAGGGGCGAGGAAUGGCUGCGCUACGACGGCGUCGACAAGUGGUACGGAAACGUCAUGCUUGGGAGGAGGCCGUGGCUCUCCAUCGUCUGCCUAGCCUUGUACUAUCCAUGGUUGCUGCUCGCAACCGCGUUGCGUCUUGGGCCGCCUAGGGACCAGACUCGAGGGACCCAUCUCGUCAAUGCUGCCGUCGUGGGAGGGCGCGGGAACGUGGAGCGAAGGGAAGCUGUCGUUGCAACGAUUUAA